GUGUGCUGAAUGUCAUAUUGACUAGGACAGUUUGCAUGAUGACAUUGUGGCAAAAUGAUGUUAAAUAAACCAUAAAAUUGCAUUUUUGGGGUAAAACUGCUGAGCCAUUUUCGAUUUUAUUCAUCAGUGCACAUGAGUGCCUACAGGCUGCAGCAACUCAAGGGUCAUAUUUUGCCUGAAAAUAAGAUCACAGCCAUAGCAGGCUCAGCCAGUCCUCUGACCACUCAUGUGCUGAACACUGCAAUGGGUAUCCCUGGCUCCAACAUGGCCCUCAGCCUCUAUCGACAAGACCCCUCCACUAAUGCCUGGAGUUUGAUAACAGCUGGGACCACUAAUGAGGAUGGACGUUGCCCAGGACUCAUCACAAAACAAAUAUUUACAUCUGGUGUGUAUAAAAUUUGUUUUGACACUGCUCAGUACUGGGAGAGUAUUGGAGAGACCUGCUUUUACCCGUAUGUUGAGAUUGCUUUCACCAUAAAAGACCCUGGCCAAAAGUACCAUGUUCCUCUGCUCCUGAGCCGUUUCUCUUAUAGUACGUACAGAGGAAGUUAGAGAUCAAGUGUGAUGAACCUCUUGAAGCUAUCUAUCAGGCAGAGGCAACUCCAGAACAUUCAUCUCAGCAGCAGAUGAACUGUCACGCCUAUUGAAAAGACACAAUGCUCCAUUUGAAUGAUUCAUCAAUUUUAACAAUAAUCAAAAAUCACUAUAACUAUUUUUUUUGCAAUUAAACAACCUAUUAAAUAAGUUAUGUGUUGUCAAA